CGUCACAUGAUAGGCCGACAUCGGUCGUUUGGUUGAAAAUUCGCCCUUGGUAUGACACUCGUCUUUUGAAAGCGGUUGUGUAAAGUCAUAUCCAAGCAAAAAAACAUUCACCAUGUCGAAAAUCGGAAUCAAUGGUUUUGGCCGUAUUGGUCGUCUCGUGCUUCGUGCUGCUGUUGAAAAGGGAGCCGAAGUUGUUGCCGUAAACGAUCCAUUCAUUGGCGUUGAUUACAUGGUCUACUUGUUCAAGUAUGACUCCACUCAUGGUCGUUUCAAGGGUACCGUCACCGCCGAAGGUGGUUGCUUGGUUGUCAACGGUAAAAAAAUUGUCGUUUUCUCCGAACGUGACCCGAAAGACAUCAAAUGGGCUUCAGCUGGAGCUGAAUACGUUGUUGAAUCAACUGGUGUAUUCACCACCAUCGACAAAGCUAGCGCUCAUUUGGCUGGCGGCGCAAAGAAAGUUAUUAUCAGUGCCCCAUCAGCCGACGCACCAAUGUUCGUGUGCGGUGUCAAUUUGGAUGCAUACGAUCCAAAAUACCAAGUCAUCUCAAAUGCUUCAUGCACCACCAACUGCUUGGCACCAUUGGCUAAAGUUGUCCACGACAACUUCGAAAUUGUUGAAGGUUUGAUGACUACAGUUCAUGCUACAACUGCAACACAAAAAACUGUUGACGGUCCAUCUGGUAAAUUGUGGCGUGAUGGUCGUGGUGCUGCACAAAAUAUCAUUCCAGCCGCUACUGGUGCCGCCAAAGCUGUUGGCAAAGUUAUCCCAUCAUUGAACGGAAAAUUGACUGGUAUGGCUUUCCGUGUCCCAACCGCCAAUGUUUCGGUUGUCGAUUUGACCUGCCGUCUUGGUAAACCAGCCAAAUACGAUGAAAUCAAGCAAAAAAUUAAGGAAGCCGCUGAAGGUCCACUUAAAGGUAUUCUUGACUACACCGAAGAUGAAGUCGUCUCAUCGGACUUCAUUGGAUCAACCUAUUCAUCGGUAUUUGAUGCAAAGGCCGGAAUUCAAUUGUCUGACACCUUCGUCAAGCUCAUUUCAUGGUACGACAACGAAUACGGUUACUCCAACCGUGUUGUCGACCUCAUCAAAUACAUUCAAACCAAAGAUUAAAUUUUCAAUUUAGUUGAGACUCUCAGAAUGUAAUGGAUGAAUAUCAAUAAAAAAAAAACCAAAAUGAUGAAAUAAAGAACAAAGUUCUCAAAUUAAAUGGCAUA